CGAACCGGCACUUACUCCUCAUCCAUCUCCGACGAACCAUGUCCCUCGACGUGUCCGUCGCCAAACUCCACGCGUCUGUCAAGGAUCUCAUCACCAAAUCCGCUGCCUCGCCAGGGACGACUGGGGCAGAUCAGGUUGAAGUUGCAUCUUGGGUAGACAAGGUCGCGCAGGGGGAGAUCAAGGCAGAAUCUCUCAAGGACCUCGAUGCUCUGCUCGUCCAACGCACAUAUGCUGUCAGCAAUUACUUCUCCGCCGCGGAUGUUGCCCUCUAUGGCGCUCUUCACCCUCUUGUGUCUCAACAAAACCAUGCGCAAAUACACGCAACUCCUUCUUUGACCCGCUACUUCGACCAUAUCCAGUCACGUCCGGAAGUUCGCACCGCGGCCGACCAGCUCUCCUUCUCGGUUGUUAGCCUUGGAAUUGAAAACGCACCGCCUAUCGAGCGCAAGGUCGAGCCUCCCAAGAAAAAGGAGAAAGCUCCGAAGGCGCCAGCCAGCGCGGAGAGUGCGGCCACUGCACCUGCUGCAAAAGUAGAGGGAAACCCUGAGGCAACUCAGGACAAGGCUCCCAAAGAGAAAAAGGAGAAGAAGAAAAAGGAGGGUGCCGCACCUGCUGAACAGGGCGGAAAGAAGAAAAGUGAGGCUGGUGGCAAGGGCAGUGCAACGGCAGAGGAUGCUGGCGAGCCUGUGCCAUCUAUGGUCGACCUUCGGGUCGGUCACAUCAUUGAUAUCAAGAAACACCCAGACGCGGAUGGCUUGUACGUUGAGCAAAUCGAUGUUGGUGAGGAUGAGCCAAGGACUGUGGUCUCUGGUCUGGUGCACUACAUACCCAUCGAGGAAAUGCGGGAUAAGUACCUUGUUGCUGUUUGCAACCUUAAACCUGCCAACAUGCGCGGUGUCAAGAGCUUUGCCAUGGUGCUAUGUGCUACUGCAAAGGAAGGAAAGGAAGGUGGCAUUGAGUUGAUCCAGCCUCCCGCCGGCUCAAAACCUGGCGAGCGGGUCUACUUCGAGGGUCCAGAAUAUGAAAAUGGCACGCCAUUGUCCCAGAUGAACCCCAAGAAGAAGAUCUUCGAGACUAUCCAGCCCGGCUUCAUUACUCUGGACUCCAAAGAGGCGGCAUGGGUUAACCCCGCGACAAAAAGCGUGCACCGUAUACGUACGAAGGACGGCGUGUGCGUCGCCCCCACUCUCGUCGGAGCGUCGCUAUCAUAGACAAGUAACCAUGUGGUUUGCAUAUUACAUCUGACAAUCAAGACUGUAUACUACGUACUCUCCUCUUUUUCAUUCUC